AUGGCAACAGAACCAGGUCCAGAGCAUUCUGAUGCUCAAGAGCCUUCUGUUGUGUCACCUUACGACAUACCAAUCUCUCCAACCAGAUCAGGCCCUUUCUUCUCUUCCUUGGGGAAUAAGAGGGUAAAAGUGACCCAGAGCCGAGCCAAGUUUUUGCGCCAAGAUCGCUCACUCGUCGACAAUUCAAGGAAAGUUCUCUCCUUGUCCACGAGAGAUGUUGGAAAAGACUGCACUCAUGACCCUCUUGGUCCACAAAAGCAUCCCGAAAGCAAGCCAGAAGGACAUGAUAACGCCGAGUCUGCUGCGAAUACGACAUCACUCCUACAAACAGAUGCUGUUGACCCGCCGCCUACACCUACACCAACAGCCCUGUCUCCUGCAGCUACCCCAGUUUCAGCUCACGCUCUAGAGACAGGAGGACCAACACUCAAGGGAAUGCGAGUGUUCAACCAGACUAUAGAUAAUACGGUCAGAGAACGUUUUCGUUGCGUUCACGAAAAACUGGAACCCGCACUACUCGCGCUUCUGCACAAGAAGCGCAUUGACUUCCGCCCUUUGAGUUUGGAGAUUCUGGUGCUCGGGCAUACUCCGAAUGACGCGAAGCCAUGGAUCGUGGUACGCUGCUCCAGAGCAGCAAAGCGGAAGAUCAAAUCGUUUCUUCGCGAAGACUUCAUCAAGAAUCUGUGCCAGGGCCCGUCGUCUUGCAGCAUCCGAUUUGAGAUUAUUGUCACAGAAGCUUUCGUCCAGAUCACCAGCGAUAAAUGUGACGAGGUUUUCACUAAACAGGAGGAUCUGGAAUUGCGCGAAGUAUGGACCCCACGAAUCAAAGUCUUUCACUCCGGAGAAGCUCGUUUCGCCACAAUGGGAGGCAUUAUUCGUAUCGUUGAUAGCAUUGGCGAGGAGAAAUUCUAUGGUUUGACGGCCGGGCAUGUGUUACCAGCUGAUAAUCUACACGACGAGGGGCUGUACAAAGGUGGUAGUUCCACGACUUCCGAUGAUGAUGACAAUUACGAAGACGAUGAACAAGACAAGUCCGGUGACGAAAAUGAAAACGAAUCAAGACCUUCUGCUGGUUAUUCCCAGGAGAGUUUGGUGGGCAUGAGAAACAUGGCCAGCUCCACGGAAGCACCAAUCUUAGAAGGUGAAGAUGACGAAAAAAGCAGCAGCAUCGGUGACGAAGUCCACUGGGUAAGCCUGGGCACCAUGUCUAAGGCAUCGUACUCGCCACGAGCUCGGAAUCGCGACUGGGCUCUCAUAGAAGUCAAUGGAAUCCUGAGCGGACAAUACAAAUGUGCGGCAGGGUAUGGUGGAUUGAUUGGCGCGGUCCGGCCCACACAAGACCAACACGUCACAACCCGCAAUACAUCCGAAUACCACUGCGUCGUACAAUCACUACCGGCAAGAGCCAUACUUCCCUCGGGACACAAGUUCGUGGAUAUACAUGUUCUAAAGUUGACCCAGAUUGCAGUUCCGCCUGUUGGAUACUCUGGCACCUGGAUCGUUGAUUCUAAGCAAAAUAAUAUUUGGACCAGAGUCUACGGAACUCUGGUUGCUACCGACGCUCUUGGAAACCUCUGGAUGGUGCCCAUGACCGACAUCCUGAACGACGUGAAAGACGAAUUCAAAGCCACGGAAGUAGGGCUGGUAAACCGAGUUGAGGAGACGGGUAUUGACCAUGGCCGCCCCCCGUGGCAUGUAAGAACUGACCAGAGUAUUGCUGCUGCGCAUAGCGCUCACUCUGUGGCUACUCAAUCUGUGUACCCUGAUAAUGGUACUGCAACCUACAGACUGUGUGGUACUGCAGCGAAUGUCAAGAUGGUCCAUAUUCCUUAUGGCAGAACGUAUGUCAGAGCUGCAGUCACGCACGGUGCUCCUUUUGCGAAGAAGAAUUCGUUUGAACAAGAGCUGACACAAGUCGCGAACGAGAUGUUGAGAACUUGGGCAGGUGGCUGGGGGUGGCUGGGGAGGACAUCCGAACAACUCGCGACGAGGCGCGUCACACGUGCCUCCGCAAAAGCUGACCUGUCCACGGCGCAAACCCCUGCCGCGUCACAAAAGUUCGAGUCGAAAUCGCGCAAGAAACAGAAAGCCAAAGCGAAGUCAGACUCUACUCUAAAUGACCCAGAAACUACGCCAGAACAGAAGAAACGACCAGAAGCAAAGUCCUCAGCUCAGCCAGACAGCUUAGCAUCACCGGCCAACUAUGCAACCCUGUCCAUCACUUCCGAGCUCGUCAAGAUGCCGAUACAAUGCCACUCCUAUACCCCCCCAACCAAGUCCACCAGCCCAAUCCUCAUCUUCACCCACGGCGCAGGCGGAACCCUCUCCGCCCCCGCCGUCGUCAACUUCUGCACCGGCUUCUCGCGCACAUCCCCCAUCACCGCCUUCCAAGGAUCCAUGAACCUCGCAAGCCGCGUAAAAAGCUUCCUCGCUUGCAUCCAUCACAUCUCCUCCGGCAAGAAACUCGCCCUAGGGGGUCGCAGCAUGGGCGCCAGAGCUGCAGUCAUCGCCGCAAUGGAGAGCGCGGAGGACGAGGUGGAAUUAGUGUUAGUGUCGUAUCCGCUAAAAGGGCCGAAGGAGGUGAGGAGUCAGAUAUUACUGGACUUGCCGGGUAAAGUCAGGGUAUUGUUUGUUGUUGGUGAGAGAGAUGCGAUGUGUCCGUUGGAUCUGCUGGAGGAGGUUAGAGGGGAAAUGAAGGCGAGGAGUCAGUUGGUGGUUGUGAGCGGCGCGGAUCAUGGGAUGCAUACUAAGCCGGCGAGGGUGGAGAGGGAGUGUGGUGAGGAGACGGGCCGACUGGCUGCUGAAUGGUUAGCUGGGAACGUAGCAGAUGCGGUUACAUAUGUUGGCGAGGAAGGGUAG